AUGAAUGCCUGGAAUCACACAAAUGAACCUGAGUUCACACUUGUGGGACUGACAGAUUCUAAGGAGAUUCAGCUGGUCCUCUCUGUACUUUUUCUCCUGAUAUACAUGCUCACUGUGUUGGGGAACAUAGGCAUGAUACUGAUCGUUUAUCUAGAUGUCCAGCUUCAUACUCCAAUGUAUUUUUUCAUCUCCCACUUGUCAUUCCUUGACCUCAGUUAUUCAACUGUCAUCACACCUAAAACCUUACAGAACCUGUUGACUUCCAUAAAAUAUAUUUCCUUCUUGGGGUGCUUCACCCAAUUGUAUUUCUUUGUCCUCUUGGCAGCUGCUGAAUGUUUUAUACUCUCAUCAAUGGCCUAUGACCGCUAUGUAGCUAUCUGCAAUCCUCUACAGUAUCCAGUUAUUAUGUCCUCUAGGCGCUCAUAUGCUCUCAUUGCUAUGUCCUACAUGAUUGGAACUAUGGACUCCUCUGUCACUGUCUUUUCCUUAAGUACACUGAAUUUCUGUAACUCCAAGGUAAUUCAUCAUUUCUUUUGUGACACAUUCCCAAUUUUAGCUCUGUCCUGCAGUGAUGCCUAUGUUGCAGAAGCUACUAUAUUUAUUUUAGCUGGUUCUACUCUAUUGCUGUCCCUUAUCACAAUAUCCUCAUCCUAUGUGUCUAUUAUCUCUACAGUUUUGAAGAUAAAUUCUUCUUCAGGUAAGCACAAAGCCUUCUCCACUUGUGCCUCACAUCUUAUAGGAGUCACUGUUUUUUAUGGUACAAUGAUCUUUACUUAUUUAAAACCAAGUAAGUCCUACUCCCUAGGAAAGGACCAAGUAGCUUCUGUUUUUUAUACAAUUGUGAUUCCCAUGCUGAACCCACUUAUUUAUAGUCUCAGAAACAAAGAAGUAAAAAGUGCUGUCAUUAGAGUUAUGAAGAAGAGAGAGUAUACCCAGAAAUUUUAA